GGGCAAAUAUUCUGUAAGUAAGAAAAAAUGUCAGCACAGAUGAAAUACAUGUUCUAGGAGAAUGGAUAUGAAUAAGACUAUUCUGCCCGUUACAAGGACCAGGACUGGGACCAGACAUACUGUAUUUUUCUAUAUUGUGUGAUAAUUCCUCCUUCCAAAUAACAAUACCAAAAUAAAAAUCCUUAUAAUGGUGAUGCAGUGUAGUUACAAACUAUUUUAGGUGAAGAGAAAAAAAUGUUUAAGAACAUUGAGAAGAAGAGAUGAAAUAUGAGUUGUGUUACAUGAUGAGUUCACUAGGUAACUGGAAAGAAGAGGAUUUUAGGAAGAGAGAAUUGACAUGUAUGAAAAUUAAACAAGUUGAUCCGUUCAGAGAAAUCCUGGUAGAAUUGUAGAUAGAUGAAGCUUAAGGUAUAAGAAAUAAUGGCAAAUGUAAGGAUGGAGAGCGAAGCAAGUGCCAGAUCAUGGCGGAUCUUUCUUAUACCAUACUAAGGAAUUUGGAACUUAACUCUGCAGUAGAGAGUUUAUCAAAGAUUUUAAGUUGGAAUAUAAACUUGAGGUUUAUGCUUUCAGACUAUCAUAGAGGCAGUGUAGAUAUUAUACUGGAAUGGUGUGAGCCUGUGAGACAAGUCAGAAAGAUCAGGUAGGUGAAUGCUAUAGCUGUUCAGGUAAGGAAAUAGGGCGUGAAUUGGGCCAGGGUUAAAGGAUGUAGAGGAAUGGUGGAUUUGAGAGAGAUUUAAGGACUAGAACCUACAGGAUAAAGGGAAUUAGGAAAGGAAGAGGGGUCUGAAAUGAUGAGACACAAAGAGAGAAACUACAAGUAGGAACUAAAAGGUUUUUGGCCCUUUUGUUAUAUCUUAGUUUAUGUAUGUGUAAAGUGUCACUUGAACUGUUGCUUUGGACAGUGAUCUGGGUUGCUUGGAUUUGGGAGCCAUGAUAGGCAAGAAAAAAUACUCCCUCAAAAGGUAUCUGAUUGUAUCUCUGGAACCUGUAAAUGUUACCUCAUAUGGCAAAAAGAGGAGGGAACUGUCUUUAUAGAUGUGAUAGGGAGAGUAUCAUACAUUAUCCAAGUGAACCCUAAAUGCAGUGAUAUGUGUCCUUGAAAGAGAAAGAUCUUAAGGGGGACUUUCUCUCGUGCACUCACACACUCUCUCUCUCUCUCUCUCUCUCUCUCUCUCUCUCUCUCUCACACACACACACACACACACACACACACCUUGGUAUGAAUGUAAAGCAGAGAGAAAGUUGAAGAUACUGACCUUGAAGAUUGGGGUGAUGGGCCACAAACCAGAGGAUGCUGAUAGUCACCAAAGGCUGACAGGCAAGGAAUGGAUUCUCUUCUAGAGCUGAAGGAAGCUGAGGCCUUGCUGACACCUAAUGAUCACUUUGCCAGCUGUGUGGAGGAUGGAUUUGAGGGAGACAAGACUGGAGGCUGUAGUCCAGAAGCCUUACACCGCCCUUAUGGUUGUGAUGUUGAACCCCAGGCACUGAAUGAAGCCAUCAGAUGGAGCUCCAAGGAGAACUUGCUUGGAGCCACUGAGAGUGACCCUAAUCUAUUUGUUGCACUUUAUGAUUUUGUAGCAAGUGGUGAUAACACACUCAGUAUCACUAAAGGUGAAAAGCUGCGAGUGCUUGGUUACAACCAGAAUGGUGAAUGGAGUGAAGUUCGCUCUAAGAAUGGCCAAGGUUGGGUGCCAAGCAACUACAUCACUCCAGUGAACAGCCUGGAAAAACAUUCCUGGUACCAUGGGCCUGUGUCACGCAGUGCAGCCGAGUAUCUACUCAGCAGUCUAAUCAAUGGCAGUUUCCUAGUUCGAGAAAGUGAGAGCAGUCCCGGGCAACUGUCCAUCUCGCUGAGGUAUGAAGGGCGUGUGUAUCACUACAGGAUCAAUACCACCACAGAUGGCAAGGUGUAUGUAACUGCUGAGAGCCGCUUCAGCACCUUGGCAGAGCUUGUUCACCAUCACUCCACAGUGGCUGACGGGCUGGUGACAACAUUACACUACCCUGCACCCAAGUGUAAUAAGCCUACAGUCUAUGGUGUGUCCCCCAUCCAUGACAAAUGGGAAAUGGAACGAACAGAUAUUACCAUGAAGCACAAACUUGGGGGUGGUCAGUAUGGAGAAGUUUACGUUGGUGUCUGGAAGAAAUAUAGCCUGACAGUUGCUGUGAAAACAUUGAAGGAAGAUACCAUGGAGGUGGAGGAGUUCCUAAAAGAAGCUGCAGUGAUGAAGGAAAUUAAGCAUCCUAACUUGGUACAAUUAUUAGGUGUGUGUACUUUGGAGCCACCGUUUUACAUCGUGACUGAAUACAUGCCAUAUGGGAACUUGCUUGAUUAUCUCCGAGAAUGCAACCGAGAAGAGGUGACAGCAGUUGUGCUGCUUUAUAUGGCCACUCAGAUCUCUUCUGCAAUGGAGUAUUUGGAGAAGAAGAAUUUCAUCCAUAGAGAUCUUGCAGCUCGAAACUGCCUAGUGGGAGAAAACCAUGUGGUAAAAGUGGCAGACUUUGGCUUAAGUAGAUUGAUGACUGGAGACACCUAUACUGCUCACGCUGGAGCCAAAUUUCCCAUUAAAUGGACAGCACCAGAAAGUCUUGCCUAUAAUACCUUCUCAAUUAAAUCUGACGUUUGGGCUUUUGGGGUACUUUUGUGGGAAAUUGCUACAUAUGGAAUGUCACCAUAUCCAGGUAUUGACCUAUCUCAGGUCUAUGAUCUAUUAGAAAAAGGAUAUCGAAUGGAACAGCCUGAGGGAUGCCCCCCUAAGGUUUAUGAACUUAUGAGAGCAUGCUGGAAGUGGAGCCCUGCUGACAGGCCCUCCUUUUCUGAAACACAUCAAGCUUUUGAGACCAUGUUUCAUGACUCCAGCAUUUCUGAAGAGGUAGCAGAGGAGCUUGGGAGAGCCGCCUCCUCCUCAUCUGUUGUUCCAUAUCUGCCCCGAUUACCUAUACUUCCUUCCAAGACCCGGACACUGAAGAAGCAAGAGAACAAGGAGAACAUUGAAGGGAUACAAGAUGCUACAGAAAAUUCUGCUUCUAGUUCAGCACCAGGAUUCAUUAGAAGUGCACAAGCCCCCAGUGGGUCCCCAGCAUUGCCUCGAAAGCAGAGAGACAAGUCACCCAGCAGCCUCUUGGAAGAUGCCAAAGAGACAUGCUUUACCAGGGAUAGGAAGGGAGGCUUCUUCAGUUCCUUCAUGAAAAAGAGAAAUGCACCCACACCCCCUAAACGCAGCAGCUCCUUCCGAGAAAUGGAGAAUCAGCCCCACAAGAAAUAUGAACUGACGGGUAACUUCUCAUCUGUUGCUUCUCUGCAGCAUGCUGAUGGGUUCUCUUUCACUCCUGCCCAGCAAGAGGCGAAUCUGGUACCACCCAAGUGCUAUGGGGGGAGCUUUGCCCAGAGGAACCUCUGUAAUGACGAUGGUGGUGGGGGUGGGGGCAGUGGCACUGCUGGGGGUGGCUGGUCUGGUAUCACAGGCUUCUUUACACCUCGCUUAAUCAAAAAGACACUGGGCUUACGAGCAGGUAAACCCACAGCCAGUGAUGAGAAUUCCAAGCCUUUUCCAAGGUCAAACUCUACAUCUUCCAUGUCCUCAGGGCUUCCAGAGCAGGAUAGGAUGGCAAUGACCCUUCCCAGGAACUGCCAGAGGUCCAAACUCCAGCUGGAAAGGACAGUGUCCACCUCUUCCCAGCCAGAAGAGAAUGUAGACAGGGCCAAUGACAUGCUUCCAAAAAAACCAGAGGAAGGUGCUGCUCCAACCAGGGAGAGACCAAAAGCCAAACUUCUGCCCAGAGGAGCCACGGCUCUUCCUCUCAGAACCCCCUCUGGGGAUCCAGCCAUUACUGAGAAGGACUCUCCAGGGCUAGGGGUGUCAGGCGUGGUAGCCGCCCCAAAGAGCAAGGAGAGGAAUGGGGGGGCAAGACUUGGCAUGGCUGGAGUCCCAGAGGAUGGCGAACAGGCAGGCUGGUCUUCUCCAGCCAAGGCUGCAGCAGUCCUCCCAACCACUCACAACCACAAAGUGCCAGUCCUUAUCUCACCCACUCUGAAGCACACGCCAGCUGACGUGCAGCUCAUUGGCACAGACUCUCAGGGGAAUAAAUUCAAGCUCUUAUCUGAGCAUCAGGUUACAUCCUCUGGAGACAAGGACCGACCCCGACGGGUAAAACCAAAGUGUGCCCCACCCCCACCACCAGUGAUGAGACUACUGCAGCAUCCGUCCAUGAGCUCAGACCCCACAGAAGAGCCAACUGCCCCCACUGCAGGACAGCCCACGCCAGAAAUACAAGAAGGAGGGAAAAAGGCAGCUCCCGGGGCGGUGGCCAUGAGUGGGAAAGCUGGGAGGCCAGUGAUGCCUCCUCCUCAAGUGCCUCUGCCCACUUCGUCCAUCUCGCCAGCCAAAAUGGCCAAUGGCACAGCAGGUACUAAAGUGGCUCUGAGAAAAACCAAACAGGCAGCUGAGAAAAUCUCAGCAGACAAAAUCAGCAAAGAGGCCCUGCUGGAAUGUGCUGACCUACUGUCCAGUGCCAUCACGGAACCUGUGCCUAACAGUCAACUGGUAGACACUGGACACCAGCUGCUCGACUACUGCUCAGGCUACGUGGACUGCAUCCCUCAAACUCGCAACAAAUUUGCCUUCCGAGAGGCUGUAAGCAAACUGGAACUUAGCCUGCAGGAGCUGCAGGUGUCUUCAGCAGCUGCUGGUGUCCCUGGGGCAAACCCUGUCCUUAAUAACUUAUUAUCAUGUGUACAGGAAAUCAGUGAUGUGGUGCAGAGGUAGCCACUGCCGGCCUACUGGGAAGAUGCACACAUUAUUUGAGGGAAGAGGAAGAGGGACUUGUUUUCCUGUGUUUUGUUUUUUUAAAAAAUGAAAGACUGAUACUUGAGUGUGUUUAUGUGAA